AAAAAAUAGCUGAGAAUGAGUUACCAACUUUAACCUAAGCCUCUCUAAUUAUGUAAUUAUAUGCACUUAAUUUUGUAGUUUACUAUUUACCUUAUAUUCAUCAACUAGCCAUUCCAAUGGUCCCUUAAUACCCAAUCUGCAAUUUUCCAUAAUAAGUGAGUCCAAUUUACUAACCAGUAGUCCCAGGGACUUCAUAAGAUAAUUGUAUUGUUAUAGAGGAUGACAAUGUAAGCUAAUUAUCAAUAAUCUCCAAUUAGAUUCAGCACCCACUGAACUAAAUUCAUUCUAUGAUUAUGCAAUCGUAAACCAAUAGAGAAUAAAAUUUCCUUUAAGAUGAUGUUAUGCAAUAGGAAUAACCUGUAUAAAAAAUAACACAUUAAAAUAACAAUUUGAAUGAAAAUCAACCCCACAUUCGAAUUACUGUCUUUAAAUAACAUUCAAGUUAAACUGACUAAGAAUUUAUUCUUCAAAAUGAUAGGUAAUAGUUUGUAUAAUAAUCUAGAAUCUUGGGAUCCAAUUAUAAAAAAGAAAUAAUUAUUGGUAGAAAAAAGCAGUAAGAAGAAAAAUAAGACACUUGUGAUAUCUGUAUUUAUUAUUAUAAUUUAAGAUUUACCACAUGGGGAUAAGAACGUUGAAAAAGUUCACUGCAAAAUAUUGACUGAUUAAGGAUUCUAAUUCUCAAAUACUCUUACUAAACCUCUUAUACUAUUCUUUUCUCUUAUAAGGAAUAAUCAACAUGCAUCAAAACUACCUUUUUAAGUUAUAAAGCAUAUUUAUUCUUUUAUCAAGUAAUUUUUAUAAUAAUCUUAGAAAUAAACCUUAAUUUUAUAUUUGCGAUAAUGGAACCAGAGCUAGCACUUUUGUGAAGAUUAAAAAGGACAAAAUAAGAACUAUUGAAUAAGAAAAUACCUAUUUGAUUGGAGCAGACACAUUUUUCCAUGUUUUGGAAAUGAAAUCAUAGCCAAAGCAAAAUAAAUCGAAAAAAGUAAAAAAAGACCAAAGCUUUUUCUAUAACGCACUUGCGAAAGAACAUAUAAGAAGAGGAGCUAAAAUUCAUGGAUUGACAUUGGAGGAAACUGAAAUGUUGAAUGUUACUAUGAAUGAAAUUAAAACAACCAAAUAAAAAUAAAGAACUUCAUAAAAGCUAAGCGAAUAUGAUAGACCCUAUUUAAAAAUUACAUUCGAUAACUAAGCAAUUAAUUAAAUAUCAACUCAUAUUUUUGUUGCCAACUACAAUUAAGAAUCGGUAUAUAAAAUUGGUAGAUCCCAAGAAUGUGACGUAUUAGUUAACAUUAAUACUGUCUCAAGAAAACAAGCUUAAAUUAUUUAUAAAAAUAAUGAGUACUAUUUUUAAACUAUUUUAAGAUGGUUCAUUCAUGACGGAGAAGGAUUAAGAGAGUCAGCCAACGGAACUUGGCAAUCAUUUCAAAACUUUUCAUAAAGAAAUUAUGAUAAGAAAUUAUAACCAAGCAGACCUUAACUCAUUGAAGAUUAAAUGGAAAUUAAAAUAAGUGAAAACAUCGUCAAAUUUGAUUUUGUAAACUUUGGUGUUACAAAGAAGUAAUUUAUAAAUAUAAUUCUAGGCGCAAAGUAAAUAAAGCUUUAAUUCAAGAUCUACUUAAUAUAUAGUGA